UAUCCAGGCUGGAUUCGCGUCAAAAAAGGGGAGGAAAAUAAUCCUGCCUGGGCAGAGAGAAGCAGAAGAAGAAGGAGAAGGAGGAGAAGAAGUUUUUCCUCUGACUGGAACACCGAAGAGAAGGGAGGGCUGAGGAAAAGGAGCCGGCGGAGAGCACGGGUGCGGGAUCUGUCCUCCCUGUCAGGACCACGCGUUAUGGACGCUUUAAAAUCGGCGGGUCGGGCGAUAAUCCGGAGUCCCAGCAUCGCCAAGCAGUCGUGGGGUUCAGCAAGACAUAAAAAGCUCCCGGAGAACUGGACGGACACACGCGAGACCCUGCUGGAGGGCAUGGUGUUCCAGCUGAAGUAUCUUGGCGUCACGCUGGUCGAGCAGCCGAAAGGAGAGGAGCUGUCAGCCGCCGCAGUCAAAAGGAUUGUUGCCACGGCCAAAGCCAGUGGGAAGAAGCUGCAGAAGGUCAUGUUGAAGGUUUCUCCGAGAGGAAUCAUCCUGUACGACAGUCCCUCAAAUCAGCUGAUAGAGAACGUCUCCAUUUACAGGAUCUCUUACUGCACUGCUGAUAAGAUGCACGAUAAGGUGUUUGCCUACAUCGCUCAGAGCCAACGCAAUGAGACGCUCGAGUGCCAUGCCUUCCUCUGCACUAAAAAGAAAGUGGCACAGGCGGUGACUUUAACGGUAGCACAAGCCUUUAAAGUGGCCUUUGAGUUUUGGCAGAACGCCAAGGAAGAAAAAGAGAAGCGAGUAAAGUCGGACUCAGUCGGACCGAGCAACUCUCAGUCACAGAAUUCAGAAAGUGUAGAAGAAGGAGAAGUGGCUACAGGGAAUCUGUUAAACUUAGAGGAAGGUGCAGUUAUACAUUCAGGACCUGAUGAUGCGCAAAGAGCACAGAGCAUCAGCAGAGAGAACAAUAACAUUGUUUGGGAGCUUGAUGACGGUCUGGAUGAAGCCUUCUCAAGCCGCAGUUUGGAUAGUUUUGAGUCAUGUUCAGACUCGCUGAGUGUCGCGCUAACCCCCAGGUCCUGGACACUGGGCUAAACCCUCAGGACUACAACGCUGACGAGUGCCUGUCACCCUGCAACUGGGACAAAGCCGACAGCGAGGCCCCCGACGGUGAGGAUGCGUUUGGCUUCUGAGAGCGCGAGAGAGGAUGGGGGAUGGGAAGGCUGAAAAAGGGAAAGAGGAUGAUCAUGUCACUGAUGGAUGGAGGGGACUGAGUGAAAACUAAACAGAUGCUGCAUUGUCAUCAGAAUACAAGAACUGCACAGACCAAAGCAAUAACUGUUUUUGUGUUUGUUUGUUUUGUUUUUUUUUUUCUUGUGAGCGGUAUUUGGCUUUAGUCUGCUUUUGUAUUAUGAUGCUUUCUGUUACAGUCAGUUUUGUAUUUUUGAUUUCUCUCGUUUUUUUGUGUAAGCUGUAUGAAAUGCAUGUAUGAUAAUUGCAUAAAUGAGAACUGCGUGUAAUUCGGUUAUAUAUAAUUUUUUUGAGCAGUUUAGGUCAGCUUCGUGAAUUCGGCUAUGCAGUAUAACACUGUAAUGUUCUCUCAUAUAGAGAUAUUAACUCCACUUGGGUUGUUACUUAACAGGUAAGGUAUGUGUGUGCUGAGGAUAGAGUGUGGUGUGUAUGACCAGGUUUGGUAAACUGGUGGUCUGUUUGAGGGAGGGAAUACUUUAAAGAAAUGUAUGUUGACACUGCUUGUAUGACGGGGUUUUUUUUUGUUUGUUUGUUUUUUUUCUUUGCUUUGCAGCUUGGCGGUUUUUACAGCUCUAGCCAAGCUUCUGCAUCUCGGACAACCAAAAAUAUGCGGCGAGAGUUUAUACUGAAGACAAUCUUUUCUUAAAUUUUCUAUUGGAAUUGUAUUUUUGUACUCCCUGCCAAGAAUCUUUUCAAAGCACAUGGUUUAAUUUCAGGGAAAUAAUUUUCAUGACUAAAGACUUAUGAUUUAUUCAUGUGUGUUUUGCCCAAAUUAAACAGUGAGGUCAUGUUCAUUAUCAGAACAUUACAUAGGAAAUGUAUACUUGUUGUGCAUAACUUUCCUACUAUUUAGUAAUAUUACACUUGCUUGGUUUUACAUGCUCCUGCCACUUGGUUUUUGGGCAGUGUUUUUUUUUUUUUUUUUUUUUUUUUUCUUUUCAAACUCCAGCUCACCUCUCAGUGUUAAGCAUUGCAUUGUUUAGCUUUACCUUUUCAGUGCUCAGAUUUUUUGACUGCAUCACAUAACACAUUUUUGUAUUAAAGACCAUAACCUUCCAGUGA